GCACGUCCACAUGAAACGAAAGUUUUGCCAGCCUGUCAACUUGUCCAACUCCAAAUAUUAAAAGCCUAAAAAGGCCCCCAAAAACUGCUCCACCACCACCUCCCCACCCCCAACCACUCUCUCCUCCGCCGCCCCUCCGCCGCCGCCUUUUCCGGCGACUUGUCCGCAUGCUACUGCACAUAUUUAAUUAUAUUUUCAUAAUAAUAAAAAUUAGGAUAUAAAAUUCCCAAACCUGCCCUUUCAUUAUAUGCAUGUCUUCUACCACUUGCCAUGGAUAUAUAAUUCCUUAGAAUUAUAUAUAUAUAUAUAUUCAUCAAUAAUUAUUUAUAUAUAUAAUCCGUAUUUAUUUACACAUAUCUUAGCUCAUAUUUUAGUAAGGGCUUUUAAUUUCCGGGAUCACAUUUAUAUGGAAACUAGGCUUCGCCAUCACAAGCAAAAAGAAGAACACUUGGCCGGCAUGUCGCCGGAGAAUUUUACAGCGUCCCCGCUGUCUGGCGACGAAGCCGCCGACGUUAGCACCCCAUCGCCGCCUAGAAAAAGGAAAGGAGGGGAGAAGAGGGUUGUUUCGGUGCCGACGGUAGGCGGCGACGGAUCACGGAGUAAAGCGGAAGUCUACCCGCCGCCGGAUUCUUGGUCGUGGCGGAAGUACGGCCAAAAACCCAUUAAAGGCUCCCCUUAUCCCAGGGGAUAUUAUCGAUGUAGUAGCUCAAAAGGCUGUCCGGCAAGAAAACAAGUGGAGCGGAGCCGGCUGGACCCCACCACGAUCCUCCUCACCUACUCCUCCACCCACAACCACCCGCCGCCGACCAAAACCCACCACCAUACCACCGCCGUUGCCACCGUCCCCGCCUCUGACCCCGUCCCCCCUCCCUCACCGGAUCUGCACAUCUUCGCGGACCCAGACCCGGAGAUCGACUGCUUCAGGGAGAUCGCCGGCGAUCUGGGGUGGUUCCCCGACGUGGGGUCCCGUUUCGUGGAGAUCCCGGCGGCGGGGUCCGUUCUGUGGCGCGAUGCUGACGUCGCGCUCAUGUUGCCCGUCGGGGAAGAGGACCAGCCCUUGUUCGGGGAUCUCGGCGAGCUGCCGGAGUGCUCGGUGGUGUUCCGCCGUGCAACAUUUGAAACGCCGUGCUUAGCCGCCGGGACGGGGUGAAAGGCGAAAGCGACAUGGACGGCAUCUUUACUCACUGUAGGAUUUUAAAAAAAAAAGAAAUAAUGAAAUUUCUUGUCACGUGGCCCCCACUUAUUGCGCCGGGUCAUGCGGAAUGAUAUUUAUAGUGGAGUCGACCUUUUUUUAAUCAUCAUUUUGUUUACGGAAUAGUACAAUUUUACUCUAUUAUGUAAAGAUCAUAUAGAUAAUGUUUCCGAGUAUAAUACUCCCUUUGUCUUAUAAUGAUCUUCCCGGUUCUGUUUAUGAAGUUU